AUGCAUUCGAGUAAGCAACAAGAAAAUUCUCAGACAAAUGACCAACCACCAAAAAUGGUUGACAUGUGCAUACAAACCUCGGAAAGUUAUUUUAAAACUGCUAAUAUGGAUUAUUCUUAUCAAUCAGAGACACCUACAGAUUAUAAAGAACACACGCCUGAAGAUGCAUUAAGAUCGGCUCAAUUAUUUCUAAAUACACCUGUAACAUCUGCUGGAAUUGAAGUUCAUGAUGAUUGCUGUAUGGAUACAUCAUCACCUAGUACGUCAGAAUCGUCAGACAGUUAUUACACUUCGUUAUCAAAACAAAUGGCAACAAACUCAAGGUUAAUUGAAGAGGUAUUCAGAAUGGCAAAACAUACUUCACCGAAGCCCAUGGAAGUAGAAAAUGAAUCACCAUUAUCUAUGCAUAAAGAAGAUGACUUUCUAGCAAAUAUUCCUUUGCCCGAAGAACCUACUUGUACAAAUCACAUCUUAUCAGAAGAAGCGUCUGCAGAGUCCACAUGUAUUUUCUAUAAAGAUGCAAAUAAUAUUAGCACUUCUUCUAUUAUACCAGAAGAAGAAUGCCCAAAGCCUGUCUUACGUUUAUCUGAAAAUAGUGCUGUAAGUAAAACAAAGAACAAAAAAAACAAAAAGUCCAAAAAACAACUGACACAUGAUGAUCACCACAUCAAAAAAGAUCAUGUAAACUUAGUUUUGGUGGGGCAUGUAGACGCAGGUAAAUCUACUAUUGGUGGACAAAUUAUGUCUCUAAUGGGUAUAGUCGACCAAAGAACUCUUAAAAAAUAUGAAAAAGAGGCACGCGAAAAAUCGAGGGAGUCUUGGUAUUUAUCAUGGGCACUCGAUACAAAUCAAGAAGAACGUGACAAAGGUAAAACAGUUGAAGUAGGCAGAGCAUACUUCACCACAAAAACAAAGCAUUUCACUAUACUUGAUGCACCUGGUCACAAAAGUUUCGUACCUAAUAUGAUUGGUGGGGCGGCACAGGCAGAUCUAGCAGUGUUGGUGAUAUCCGCUCGGAAAGGUGAGUUUGAAACGGGAUUUGAUAGAGGCGGACAAACUAGAGAACACGCCAUGCUUGUGAAAACAGCUGGGGUAAAAUAUAUGGUUACCGUUAUAAAUAAAAUGGACGACCCCACCGUAAAUUGGAGUCAAAAUCGAUAUAAUGAGUGUAAAGAGAAAUUAAAACCUUUUCUCAAAAAACUUGGAUUUACAGAGUCAAACGAUUUGGCAUUUAUGCCCAUUUCAGGACAAACUGGACAUGGAAUACUCCAUCAAGUACCUGAAGAUAUCUGUCCAUGGUAUCGAGGACCAUCUUUUAUACAAUUGGUAGAUGAGCUACCGUCUUUCAAUCGCAAUGACGAUGGGUAUUUUGUAAUGCCCAUUGCGGAUAAAUUUAAAGAAAUGGGUACUGUUCUCAUGGGAAAGGUAGAAUCUGGAAGAACUAGGAAAGGAGAAACCCUGUUACUAAUGCCUAACAGAUUACAUGUUACUGUAGACCAGCUAUGGUCUGAUGAUAUAGAAGUCACAGUAAUUUCAUGUGGUGAAAAUGUUAAGAUCAAAAUAAAAAGUAUAGAAGAAGAUGAUGUUUCCACCGGUUUUGUUCUUUGUGAUGUUGUUCAACCUAUUACGAUAGGUAAAGUAUUCGAUGCACAGCUGCACAUAUUGCAGCAUAAAUCUAUAAUAUGUGCUGGAUAUUCAGCAGUAAUGCACAUUCAUUGUGCAGUUGAAGAAGUCGUCCCAUUAGCUCUGCUUUGUUUAGUUAACACAAAAACUGGGGAGAAGUCCAAAACGCGUCCCCGAUAUAUUAAAGAAGGGCAGGCAGCUAUAGUUCGAAUAGCCUGCUCCGGAAUUAUAUGCUUAGAACCUUUUAAAAAAUUCAAUCAAUUAGGUAGACUGACUCUACGCGAUGAAAACAAAACUGUAGCCAUUGGAAAGGUUUUAAAAGUAAUUGAGUGAACUAUGAUUGUAGUUAGG